GGACUGCGCGGUCCUGCGAUCUCGGAAGCUGGGCCUGCCAUAUCGGGCAGUCACGCUGGCGAGCGCGUCCUGUCCGCGUCCAAAAAGUUUCGCGUUUACACCUCCUCGUCCCUCGCGUUCCCGGCUUCUCCUUCAAAUCGCUGUUGGGGUCUCAAGUGGGAGUCUGCAUAGAAGGGAUGUUGCCACUCGGUCUUCGGCUAAGCGCAAGCAGCUCUCGCGGUGCCGCACGGCUCGUGCCAGCGUGCAGACAUGGUCGCUGGGUGUGGUCCAGGAAAUACCACGAGCGGAAAGGACUGCCAUAUCCGAUUGAGAAUGGUCUUGGGGAGUUUAUGUCACCGGAGGCAUUAAAGGUCGUUGCGCUGGACUACCAGAAUGGUCUCCUAGAGAGACUGAACGACCAGAUCCGAGGUGCGUCUGUGUAACCUAUUGUUACUCAGUCCUAGGUACUCAUGUGCGACCAGGUACCGUGCUGGAGAACAAGA